AAUAUCUUCAACCAAAUCUGUGGGGAUCCAAUCAGAUAUGCACAAAACAGUCGCAGCCAGUCAGGUUCAAGUUGGGCCUCAACACCAACAAAAAGGGCUUCCCAAGCGCUGGCAUCGAAAUCCGACACAAUGGAUCAGAACUCCAAUUUGGACGAGGAGUCUAAAAAAGGUCUGGACAGAUCUGCAAACCAAAGUCCGGAAAGGAAACUUCUGUUUGAGGUCAGUAACACGGGGACAAUGAUCAGUUCUAUCACUACUGACGGCUCAAGUCAGCACAGCUUCAGUACCAGUUCUGAUGAAGGCAUGAUCUAUCAGCCAUCAGCGCCCCUACAUAAGAAGACUCAGGACGUUGCGGGCCGACUGUGGAGCCCGCGCUUUCCAGGAGAAGGGCGUCUCAUUCGUGACAAACUCAACACAAGGGAGCCACUGUCCAGUGAUUCUGAGGAGGACCACUUUCUCAGCUCAAGCAGCAAAGCGCAGUUCUCACCUCAUUUCAUGGACCGCGCCCUCUUGUACAACCCCCACAUCGACAGUGAUGAGACCGAUAGUGACGUGGAGAUGAAUUAUCCUGGUCUAUGUCUUUACAGGCCCGACUCUGACCUCAAUGCUACAGGCCUCGUCAACCCCAUCAACACCUCUUCUGACAUGAAGUUGCCUUCCAUCAGUCAAACGAAUUCUAGAAGUAGUUUAAAAAUCAAGUAUUCUCAUCUUUUAUAAACUGUUGCUAUGGGGACUUUUUUUGUUCUAAAUCUCAAGUCACACAUGCACACAUGUAUAUUAGAAACUAAAUAUAUAAGAAUUAUCCAGCAAUAUGUAUUAGUCAUUUUUUUUAUACACGAUACAAUGUUUCAAUAAAGGAUACAGAGUUUAAAUAAGCAAUAAAGUGUUGAAAUAAGGCAUACAUUGCUUCAAUAAAUAAUACAUUAUUUAAAUAAGAGAUCAAUGCAAAUGUAGGAUCAUAUAUCUCAAUUAAAAAUUGACAAUGUUAAAUUCA